AUGGAGGAGGAUGCGGAAGGUGUUCCUGUGCAGCCAAACACGGACAUCAAGGCACCGCGCGUCAAAGUUGUCGUCACGGGAGGAUUGGGGUUCGUGGGCUCGGCUGUCGUUCGAGCAUUGCACGAAUUCCACCCCGAUUGGCAUGUCUGGAUUCUGGAUAAAUGCAACCAUGCGCCAGGUGAGCUGGACCUAUUGCGCGGCUGCAAGUAUGAGUAUGUACAAGCAAAUAUCACAGAUGGUGACAGCGUCAUGAGAGCGCUUUCCCUCAUUGAACCCGAUGCUGUUGUUCACACGGCAGGGAUUGUGCCCUCACUGAGUGAAAGGUAUGCACGACGUCUCGAGGCCUUGGUCCACAACACAAACGUGGAAGGCACGCGCCAUAUGGUUGAUGCGGCCAGCAAGUGCGGGUGCAGGGCAUUUGUAUACACGAGUAGCUGCUGCGCCGUGACCGACGACAUGAGCAAAUCGUACGCGAACAUCGACGAGACGUGGCCCGUCGCCGAGCGGUCGUCCGUGUACGGCGAGAGCAAGGCCGCAGCCGAAAGAAUUGUCAUUGCAGCAAACAAAGAUCCCAAUCCCAUGGCCACGUGCGUGUUGCGACCUUGCGUCGUCUUCGGAGAAGGAGACGACCAGCUAAUACCGCCGAUUCAUGCUUGCAUCGCAAAGGGCGAAACUCGCUGGGUCAUCGGAAGCGCCACGAAUCUCUGGGACACGGUCUACGUAGGCAAUGUGGCUGAUGCGCAUGUCCUUGCUGUCGAAAAUCUGUUACAGUCAGAAACCGCAGCAGGAGAGACCUUUUUCAUCCAGAACAACGAGCCCGUGUCCUUUCGAGACUUCAGCCUCGCCGUUUGGAAAGAGUUCGGGCACUUUCCCCCGGCCUGGGAGAUUCCAAUCCCGGCAGGACUGGGGUGGGUACUGGGCUUGCUUGCGGAAGUCUUUACGCGAGUUUCGGGGACGCCAACGACCCUCUCGCGUGGAAGCGUGAUGGACGCCUGCGCGAUGCGCUAUGCCAGCGGUGACAAGGCCAAAAGCAUCCUCGGCUACCAGCCUCGAGUAGGGCUUGAGGACGGAAUCCGGUGGAGUUGCCAGGUGAGUCGUGCAAGCCAGGUGCUACGAAUAGCCACGCUAACAGAGGUGAUGCCGAUCAGGAGUAUGCGAGACGCUUAA